GCAAACGAGAGGUGUAGUUUGGCAUGGAAGAUGGCGAGUGUGGAAGCCGCUGCGGAACAUGAACGAAUUUUACGGGAGAUUGAAAGCACCGACACUAAUUGUAUUGGACCUACUCUCAGGUCAGUCUACGAUGGCCAGGCACAUGGCUUCUUCAUGGAAAAGUUGGAGGGGAGGAUCCGGAACCAUGACCGUGAGAUUGAGAAGAUGUGCAACCAUCACUUCCAGGGCUUCGUGGACUCCAUUACGGAGCUGCUCAAAGUGCGGGCAGAGGCCCAGAAGCUGAAGAGCCAAGUGACCGACACCAACUCACGGCUCCAGGAUGACGGAAAAGUGAUCCUGACAACCAUGGAGGAACUGACGCAGUGUCGGGUCCAGCAGAGGAACAUCGCCACCACUGUGGAAAAGCUCACCCGCUGCCUGCCCGUACUGCAGAUGUAUAGCAAGCUACAAGAACAGAUGAAGACCAAACGGUACUAUCCAGCACUGCGGACCCUGGAGCAGCUGGAACAGCGCUGUCUGCCGCAGGCGGGAGAGUACCGCUUCUGUGCCAUCAUGGCCGAGAACAUCCCGCUGCUGCGCGUCCGCAUCCGAGACGUGUCUAUGUCGGACCUCAAGGACUUCCUGGAGAGCAUCCGCAAGCACUCGGACAAGAUCGGCGAGACGGCCAUGAAACAGGCCCAGGCCCAGGACCAGCGCUCCCUGAACAGUGCAGGCCUGCAGCAGAGAGGAGGCAGUGGGCGCCGUGUCCGGAAGGUGUCGCCCAGUACCGAGCUGGACGGCCAAAGCAGCAGCCCCCUCUCCGAGCAGGACUCCGGCAUCCUGGACGUGGAGGACGAAGAGGACGAUGAAGAGGAGGAGGUGCCUGGUGCACAGGAGCUAGUUGACUUCUCUCCUGUCUACCGCUGUCUGCACAUCUACACAGUCCUGGGUGCCAGGGACACGUUCGAGAGCUACUACAGGAAGCAGAGGAGGAAACAAGCACGGCUGGUGCUGCAGCCACACUCAAACAUGCAUGAAACCCUGGAGGGAUACAGGAGGUACUUCAAUCAAAUAGUGGGGUUUUUUGUGGUGGAGGAUCACGUCCUUCACACGACCCAGGGGCUGGUCAACCGGGCGUACGUGGAGGAGCUGUGGGAGAUGGCCCUGUCCAAGAGCAUCGCAGCGCUGCGCACACACUCGUCGUACUGCACUGAUCCAGACCUGGUGCUGGAUCUGAAGAACCUCAUUGUGCUUUUUGCAGACACACUACAGGGUUAUGGGUUCACCGUUAACCAGCUGUUUGACAUGCUUCUGGAGAUGCGGGACCAAUAUGGGGAGAUCUUGCUGAAGAAAUGGGCCGUGUCCUUCAGGCAAAUCCUGGACCAGGACAACUACAGCCCCAUCCCAGUAGCCACUCCGGAAGAGUACCACAGCAUCAUCAGUCAGUUCCCCUUCCAGGACCCGGAGCUGGACAAGACUCCAUUUCCUAAGAAGCUGCCCUUCUCAGAGUUUGUGCCUAAAGUCUACUGCCAGCUGAAGGAGUUCAUCUACGCCUGUCUGAAGUUUUCUGAGGACCUACACCUCAGUUCGACAGAGAUUGAUGACAUGAUCCGCAAAUCCACCAACCUGUUGCUCACGAGGACUCUUAGCAACUGCCUUCAGUAUGCCAUCAAGAAGAAGAAUGUAGGACUAGCGGAGUUGGUGCAGGUCAUCAUCAACACUACUCACCUGGAGCAGUCAUGCCACUACCUGGAGGAGUUCAUCUCCAACAUCACCAGCGUUCUCCCCGACAACAUGAACGCCACCAAACUCUACGGCACCUCCACCUUCAAGGAUGCGCGCCAUGCGGCGGAAGAAGAGAUCUACACUAAACUCAACCACAAGAUUGACCAGUUCCUGCAGCUGGCCGAUUAUGAUUGGAUGGCGACGCAGGCGGCAGGGCAGGCCAGUGACUACCUGAGUGACCUCAUCGCCUUCCUCUGCAGCACCUUUGCCGUCUUCACCCACCUGCCUGGCAAGGUGGCCCAGACGGCCUGCAUGUCGGCCUGUAAGCACCUCUCCACCUCCCUGCUCCAGCUGCUGCUGGAGGCCGACGUCCGGCAGGUGUCCAUGGGAGCGCUGCAGCAGUUUAACGUGGACGUGAGGGAGUGCGAGCGGUUUGCCAGGGCGGGCCCGGUGCCGGGCUUCCAGGGGGACACACUGCUGCUCGCCUUCAUCGACUUGAGACAACUCCUUGAUCUCUUCACCCAGUGGGACUGGUCCACGUACCUGGCGGACUACGGGCGCCCCACCUGCAAAUACCUGCGGGUGAACCCGCACACCGCCCUGGUGCUGCUGGAGAAGAUCUCGCGCGCAAUGAAGGACACCAGCCGGAAGAACAACAUGUUCUCGCAGUUCCGCAAGAACGAGCGCGACAAGCAGAAGCUCAUCGACACUGUGGUCAAGCAGCUGAAGAACCUCAUCUCCUCACACCAGUCCUGAAGAUGCAGUCCUCUCAUUGGCAGCCGGGUGUCAGCUGACACACUCCAGUCCUCACCUCAUUGGUCACCUCUGCCAUCACAGUGAAAAAGCAGCAUGUUUCUUCAUCCCCACAACCUACCUAGUUGUGCCAGUCACACCACCAUCACAUCUACCCACCCUAUGCGUAUAUUUGCUUCAUUCAGAUGUGCCACCUGCCUCUCUUAAGCACGUUUGUCCUCACAAGUCUCCUGUCUUGUGAAACGGGAUGACUUUUCAACCCCCAACAAGAAGAGAGUUGCUCCUUCUCUUCUCCUGUCCUUUCCUCGGAGUUCCUGUCUUCCCAUAGGAUUUGUUACAAGCACAGGAAGGGAUAUGGACACCGUUUCAUUCCCUUCGCCUCAGACCAGAACAGACUGGUUCGGACGCAGGGUGCACAGUGCCAGGUCACCCCAGCCACACAGAAGUGUUGUUCACAAGAUGCUGGAAGACCUUUUUUUUUACCCCAUUGCGCAUUCAAGUUUGCCGAGGUGGUACAUUAGUUACUGAUGCCUGUGUGUGUGUGUGUGUGUGUGUGUGUGUGUUUUCACAGCUGUUGAAAGACUUAAGUUUGUAAAAGGAUCAAAUGAUUUUGACUGCUAGCCAUUUUUGUUGUCUCGUAGCCUGUGGUCAGUGCACAGUUUUUUUUUUUUUUUUUUUCUAACCUGAUUGAACUGGAACACUCUCACUGAUUGUAUGCGCUAGCCAAGGUGACCAUAGGAAGCUUUUAGUAGGCCACAGCCGGGGAAGGUAAAUUGUUUGUCGGAGAAUGAGAGUUGAAUUUAUGAAAAAAGAGGAGUGCCAUAGCCUUAGUGUAUGCCUUAAGCCUUUGGCAUGCUUCGCAUGCUUCUCCUUGUCUUACAGUUACGAAUAUAACCUGUAUAACUCUAUUGUAUAGACACCUUUUAAUAUUGUUGUGAGACAGUUAGUGUAGGCACUGGAUACAAAGGGUCUAGUCUUCCAUAAAUAUAAGUGUGUGUGUGUGUGUGUGACAGAGGAGAGGAGUGACAGUUAAGCAUUUUUACAAAACCUUCAUUGUAUGAAUGAUGGGUUCUUUUUGUCAUUUUAAACUUUUCCUGGUUGAUAGGUGCAAUACAAUAUCCAAGUGUAAGAAAAGUGUAUAUGGCUGAUCUGGGUCUGAGCAGACAAAAUGGACUUGAUGUGGUUGAUUUAAAUCUCAUCAAACUGUUCCAGUUCAGUGUGGGUGCUUAUUCGAGUGGUCACUCUGCACCCAAACAAAGGGAUUCAGACUGGUUGAAAGAUAAGGAAGAAAGGGAAGAUGCUGUCCUUUCAGCUUUAAAGGGACACGAUGCAUCAUGUUCAGAUUUUAUGAGAGAGAGAGAGAGAGAGCGAGAGAGUGUGUGUGUGUGUGUGCAUGAAGGCAUGUGUGUGUUCAUCCAACUGGAGUUCCGAGGAAAAGACACACUGUUGUGCUUGCGUGUAUAUGUUUGUGUGUAUGUCGACAUUUUGCUUCUUCUUUUGGGCCACAGUCCGAGUCGAUGCCCAAGUGAUACAGAGAGCUUGUUGCCACAAGAACCCAUUGGUUUGAAAUGAAACUGUUUUGAUGGGGUUCUCUGUCAACUGACACUGCUGCACUAUACAGUUUUGUUAUGUUAAACCACUAAUGGAUAAUUUUGCAAUACUAAUAAAGCUUAAACAAAUGGCCAAGAGCAAUACUGAAUAAAUCAACCAAACUGAAA